AUGCGCUCCCACGAUAACACUUACAAGGUGAGUUUGGAAAGGUCUGGAAUACUGGAUACUGAUUCGACUGGUACCCCCAGUGGAUCUAUCCCAUCCGAUUAGUGGUAUCCCUUUUCACUCCCCUCUUUUCAAUGCUUUUCUGCCGUUCCAAACAGUCUGCAAUGGCAGUGGAAGAAAAAUUUGCUUCAAUUUGCGCUCCAGUUGAGCGGAACGGCGGAAAAUGUACAACAAAGUGAGCAGUGUUCGUCAAAAUAUAAUUACGGGCUGAACUGUUUGUAUGAACAAGUUAUGCAAGUUCUUUCGCCAACAUUUUCAAUUUGCUUUUCUCAUUUUGUCGUACAUUUGUUAGGUUGGCAAUAUUCUAUGUUGCAAUUUUACCAUUCAACCCUUCUCCAACCGCCCCUCGAUUCCCCGAUUCCAGGCCUCCCUGAUCCUGUCCGUUUUGGCCGAUGUGCUCCUUUGCGCGGCUCUCAUCGUUUCGCUCUUCUACUAUUUUCACAACGGAAUGCCAUUUUCUCCCCAUUACAUCGUCGGCUUCUCUGCCUUUUUCAUCCUCUUCGCUGGCUUUUUCGUCUCUCUUCUGAUCGCCGUGCACACUAAAAAGAUAACGGCGCUUCUGGUGGCCGUCGCGUUUACAGUAAGCUUCCGGGAAUCAUCCUGAUCGACAGUACUCCAAAUAGGUGGCUCGCUUCGUUUGCGCAAUAAUCGUUGUGAUUGCUUGGAUGUCGGAGUACGGCGGAAGGAGUGAGGACGAGCAGAAACCGAAUGGGAACGAGACGGAGGACCCGUACAGAUGGAUCGCCAGUGAGCCAUUCGCGAACUUUUGCGAGUUUCGAACGUAACUGUUGCAGACCGAAAGGCGUACCUUCUGAUAUUCGCUGGAAUUUACAUCAACAUCUUCAUCGCUCAACUGGUUAUUCUCAACCGGUAUUCGCCCAUUUCCCUUCUCUAAUUCCCUGUUCAUUUUCAGAUAUUACUCUCAGGCGAACGACGAAAAACGACGAGAAGAGACGGAGAGAAACAAGGCGGAUUUCUACUGA